AAGAUGACCUUCGGUCAACCAGCUCUUUCUGUGCUUCCAUUAAUUGGACCGACAACAGCCGAAACAAUGAAUACCAUAGCGUUAUCAUAGCAUUGAGAAGAACGUUAUGCCGGGAGAUAUUGGACGUAUUCCCAUAAUAUCUCUUAGUGGAUGCAAGUAUUUGACUAAUAUUGUCAAUGACCUUCCUCUUCCUAAAUCGACCAAUAUUCCCAUUAAAUGUCAUACUCUGCUAAAUGACCAAAAAUUUGCUCAAGAGGCAUACAGAUGUAUCAACUGUCAGAACGAGGUCCUUGUUGGAGCCCUUAUUAAAGCUAUAAGCAGUGUCAAUAAUGAUGUACAAUUCAAGGAUAAGUCUCUGGAGCACAGCGUGGAUUCAUCUACUUCUCCCUUGCUACUUCGUGCCCUGGUGGAAAAGAAGCCAGAUAUUUUAUUGUGUAAAUCUCCACUAAAUCUCUCGCGUCAACUUGAAGGUCUUUCCAAAUCCAAAGAGUCUGUCACUAAUGGGCCUAAAGCAACUAACAAGCCAAAAAUUAAGAAGCCCAAGGGUAGCAGUGUUACUUAUAAUGCUGUGAGUGUAGCACCUCUAAAAAUCUCCAUCAAGAAGACCUGUACUUUGAAAGUUAAGAAGACCGCUAAAACUGACAAAGUUCCAGAAAUUAAUUCCCCAAUUCACAGUACUCAUAUAGGAGAUAAUCCAGAUAAAGCAGAAACAUGUCCUGUAAAAAUUACUUCUAACACUCUCGACUCUCAAGAUCAUUGUGAUAUUUUGGAUAGCCAAUUACUUGAUUCUGUUGCUGAAUCCCAGAACAACCCUUCUAAUUUCAAUAACUCAGAGAAGUCAGAAGAUUGUAGUAAAAUAAACUUAGACUCGUCGAAACUAAUUAUUUCUACAGCUUCAAUCUCUUUAGAUACUACUAUAAACCCAGUAGGAGACCAGACUAGUUACUCACUAUCAGGUUUAUCGGUGAAUACUUUGGUUGACGAUGCAUCGAAAAUGGAAGUUUCCUCAACAUAUCAUACUCCUCACUCUCCGUGCCAAGCUAGUGAGUUAUGUACGGGGCGUUCUUUGUCUCCUAAAACUAGUGAUCCCACCUUUGGAUUAUCGGGUUGUGAUACAAACUCAGCUCCAACUCGGCGAAUCCCUGACCCAGCAUUGUCCCAAAUCUUCCACUCUGUAGCUCUCUUUCACACUUACCAGCCUACAUGUGAGCCUGAUAAAGGAGUGGAUAACGAAGGCGGUGGCCUUUUCGAUGAUUGGGUUGAUGCACCAAAACUUCCAGAGUCACCGGCUAUACCUGCUCCUACAGUAUCAAAUAAAUAUAUCCCUCCUGGAUGUACUUCUCAGACGCCUUGUAUCACAUCUACGUCAGUAACUGUCAAGGAAAAUUUAAUUGUCUCUGCUGGUAAUGAUUCAGUGGAGGAUCCACCUCGUAGUCCGUCGUCCAUGCUUUCGGUUAGCUCAUAUCCAACCACUCCAGGUAAAAACAUCCCUGUCGCAUUUCAAAAUGCUACCUUUGCUGUAACUGCACCUGCGUCAUCAGUGGCAGCAUCUCUUUCAUUAUCCAAGAAUAAUGCACCAUCACCUACGAGAUUAUUUGACUCACUUGAUGAAACUCCGACUGCAAACUUGUCCACUUGUAGUGAUUUGGAAGAACAGGUAAAUAGUACUCCUCAUGGACUGGCUGCCUAUCUACCCCGUUGUAACAAUCAGCGACUUCUUAACUCCGCACAUGCAUCUGUGUUUUCAAAUGAAGAUGUUCCUGUAACUUUUGCAAACUCAGUGUCUCCAAGAUCAGCUUUGUCCCCGGGUACUGAUUGUAUCGACACAAGUUCUAUCAGUCCGUUAGAGACAGCUGUUCGAACUUCAGGUUCUUUGAAAACCAUCGGUUUCUCUGGUAUUGGUCCGAUAACUUACUCGAAGCCGAAACAAAAUGGUCGUGGUCGUUUCUCAACUGGAAAACCCAGAGGUGGAGGUCGUCGUAGACGAACUGAACUUGAAGAACUUAAGAGGUGGAGUGUCAUAGAUCAUGCGAAUCCUGGUUUUGAACCGAACAGUGGAGAUAAUUGUGAAGUGCGCUAUUCGCCUCGAAACUCAAUUACCAGUGGAGAUCCUGCGACUACAUUUGCUAUAUCAGAAUCUUCGGUUCAGACUGCUAUUUCCAAAAAGUAUGUUUCAAACUUAAAUUUUUCGGACGUAUGCAACCAAUAUGGUGGCUUUACGGAGGCUCUUGUAGAACGUGUCAAGCGGCGUCGACAACAACGUGAAAUGGAAUCUAAAGGUUUUAAAGUAUCACCAAUCAAAGAGACGCUUAGGAGUUCCUGCGAAGUUUCUCCCCUAUCUACCCCAUCUCCGGGACAGAGUCACCCUAAAGUCACUUCACCUCUUAGAGUACAUAAGUCAGCCGGUUUUUUAAAACGUGAAAAUAAGAAAGGUACUCAGCGUACAACAAUCAAAACAGAGCGUGAUUGCCAAGAAAAAGAAGGUAGCAUUGAUUCAGCUACAAAUAACUUUACCAAACUCAUCCAGUCAACUGACAGUGAUUGUUCUCUGUCACCUACUAACACUGUUUUAUCCUCUGUUCAGUCUCAUUCACCGUCCAUCAGUAGUGUCCCACCUAUCGACGCUAUGCACCCUAGCCCUCCUGUAUUAUCUUAUAAGAAGAUUGACUCACCAAGUAACCGUCGUUCACAAGAAACUGCUGAGUAUAAUCGAUUGUCAAGAUUAUUUGUCCCGUGUAACGCGAAGAGUUCCAACGUGGCAUCCAGUUCCAGCAAUGAUAUUGCAUUGAUUUCUACUUUAUCUACUCAAGUAAGUGGUCAGGACUCGGAUUUCUCAGAUGUAAAACGAGUUCAGGAUAAAUCAAAUUGGAAAGAUACAAUGUGUUCAUUGAAAAGUAACUGCCGGGAACCAGUUGCCGUGCAAUCUUUCAGAUCCCAUUCAGUUCAUGGAUCUUACACUCAGUCAAAUGAUUCGUCUUUACAUUUGCCACCUCUCUUACCUUUGAGUCGGUACUCUCCUACUUUGCUUCACAAACCGUUAUCUAUUGAUGUAUCAGAACAUGCUGAAUCUCAGGAUCACGUUGAUCUCAAAUCCACUGUUAAUAAUUUUAAGGAUUCUGCGAAUCCUGUCAGUUCUUGUCAUGUAUUUGGUGCUAUUUCAUUUUCGUUCAUAAUAAUAAUUAUUGUUAAUAAUAAUAAAUCGGUAUAAUCCAG